AUGACCGACAACCAAGAGAAAAGCAUCGUUGGGCGGGCGCGUGGGAUGUCGUUGUCGUCGCUGCUGCACACGACGCCGCAGCUAGGCAUGUGGCAGGCCACAGCAACAGCAAUGGCUCAAGCGCCAAACCUGACCGAGCUGCGAGAACCGGAAUCCGGAGGCGCAAACAUCACGUUCGAUGCGCAUGGCCACGCGACUCGUGUUGCGAUACCAGAUGAGGAUGGCGAGCUCACGUUAGUCAAGUCACAGACGAGGAUCCUCGACCGUCCAGUAACAGACGCUGUUCUACGAGCGGAGGUAGACAACAAGGCUGGAAAGCAGUCGCGCAAGCACCACGGCCAUGGUAUUCACCGCCGCCAGACGCUGAAGGAGAAGCACGCGUCCGCCCACAAGGAACCAUGGGGUCCUACCAUCAAGAAUGGUCUCAAGGCAUUCUGGGUCUUCUUCCUCACACCAUCAGGCUUUCUGAUCACCAUAUAUGGCCUCAACGUUGUCGCCUGGGGCGCGAUGCUCUUCUUCCUGCUCCUGAAAGCCGCCCCUGCCAUGUGCCAUGUACGCGGCACGCAGAUCUACGACUGCGAUAAUGACUACAGCCAGAACAAGAUCUGGCUUGAGAUCGACAGCCAAAUCCUCAACGCCCUCUUUUGCGUCACUGGCUUUGGCCUCGCACCGUGGCGCUUUCGCGACUUCUACUGGAUGAUGCGCGCCAUCCACGUCCACGAUCCAAACGCCAUGCGCCGCCUAUUCAACCAGAACAAAGCUUGGUUCCGCCCACCAGCGUGGUUCACUGACAUCGAAGACCUACAGCCUACGACGUUCACCGGGAUUAGGGCGCCGGCCACUGCGAUGUGGAAGUUGGCAUUCACGGUGGAUAUGAUGGUGUUGAAUACGCUGCUGCAGGCGGUACUUUGUUUCUUUAUGUGGCAUUAUAAUCGACUGGAUCGCCCCACGUGGGCGACGGGUACGUUUAUCGCGUUGGGGUGCGGUGUCGCUAUGUUCGCGGGUAUUAUGUCUUGGUGGGAGGGAAGGAAGGUGAAGAAGAUUGAGGGCCCAGAGAUCAAGAUCCAGGCGAAGACGGUGGAGUCGAGCGAGAGCAGCGAAGUGUAG